UGUUUCGUGUUAAACUCAUACUUAUAAAAUGGUGUCUUUCUUGUCUUUCUUUUCUUUUCUUUUUUUUUUUGUAGGCAAAUCUUUUUCACUUUCAAAAACAUCCAUCAUGGUUUUAAAUCAUUUGUGUAUCUAUGUCAAGGACAUGGAAAGAAGCAAAGCAUUCUAUACUCCUUUGUUACAACUUUUAGGUGAAGAUAUUUCAUUGGAAGUCCCCAAUUACUACGUUGGGUAUAGUAAUAAUUCGUUUGGUUUUUGUCCUAAUAAACGUGAUCAUCCUUCUUAUGCUCAUUUUGCCUUUGGUGCCAAAUCUAAAGAACAAGUAAAUGAAUUUUAUGAAAAGGCUUUGACUUUGGGAGCUACUUGUAAUGGAAAACCAGGUAUCCGUACUUUAUAUGGUCCUAACUAUUAUGGUGCUUUUGUUCUUGAUCCUGAUGGUAACAAUAUGGAAAUUGUUUAUAAGGGUGAUGCUUGAUUUAUUUUUAAACUAGUUAGCUUAUGAUUUCUAUUUAACAUCAAU